GCAAUGCAGCCCUACUUGCUAUACUUUCCCAAGAAAAUCGUGCACUAGCAGUGAACAAGUGUAAUAUAAAACGUUUUGUGCGGUGAAAUUAAAAGUUUUAAUUCUUAAAAUUGUUGCGUUAUUCGUGUGGCACUCCGUUCUUCCUACCAAAAUACACAUGCAUAAUUAUUAAAUGGAUUUAUUCUCGUGAACGGUUGAAAGUAAUUCACACUGCUUGUUACUUUGCAACGUAAGUAAAAGUGCGACGCAACAUUCACUCGCGUUGCAAUGAUGGAAUUAAAUGCGAAUACGUAUGACGUUGACCUGGAGGACGGUGAGCUUUCUGCUAGUUCUGAUGACGUUUAUACACCGUUGCAACGCCCAAGUACGCUGUCAAUCAACACCUCUGUGGCACUUGAUGGUACUGCAACGAUUGCCGAACAGUGUAGUCCACUUGCAACUUGUCAUGACAUGCAGCGUGCUUUAGAGGAGGAUGAUUUGGAAGAUUCACAUGGCAGUAGUGGCGAUUCUUCGUCAAGCGAAUCAUCCGAUGCAUGUCUAAAGAAACUAUCAACUAAUUCUGCACAUGAUGGAUCGGCUGAUGCGCAUGCCCAUCGUAAACGUCGAAAACGUGUACGUCGUACAGUGAUGGUUCGCGUACCUCCAGCAGACAUGGAAACGCAAGAAAAGCGUGCACGCUUCAAAAAGUACAAUAUUUGGACAGCAGCAUUGCAAGAAGAAGCACUAACCGAAGACAUGCGCGGCUGCGAAGUAGCGCAAGUUGACGGGGCUAUAAAUGAUCGUAAUGUUGAAAAUUAUGAUUUUUCGCUGCAUCGACGUUUGAACGGCGGCAACUGUCUUAAGCGUCGGCUUUCCAAUUCAACUGAUGAUUUCUCCGAUAAUGAAUUAAUGCCUGUGGCGAAGCGUGGACGCUGCGCAAGUGAAGCGGCCGCUCAUCGUCGUUCAGUGAAAAGUCGCUUAGGCUAUCGAUCGCGUACAUCACGUGGAAGGCGCGGCUCAUCACCUACCAGCGGUUCCGACACUUCAUAUGAGCCACGAAAUAUACUUGAUUUAGAGCCAUUGGAAGGACGAGACCCUGCUGAUAUUGCACGGGAAAUGUCUAAUAAACUGCAUGAGGAAAAGGAUGAAUUAUUUGUGCGGAUUGUAGAUGUGCUGGGCACUAAAUUGCCUGUUGAAAUUUAUAAAGAGACGCAGCGCAUAGAAGCCGAUGGUGGCAUGAUGAUAAUGAAUGGCAAACGUCGUCGCACACCAGGAGGUGUAUUUUUGUUUCUGUUGAAAAACCAUCAAAGUCUCACACUGGAGGAACACAAAUUUAUAUUUUCGGAAGAUCGACAAAGGACCAACAAAUGGAAGAAAGAAAUGGAGGCACUUUCACGUGAACGCAAAGUGGAAGAGUUAAAAAAACGUCUAAGUGAACAGGAAAAAGACUUGCCGGCACUAAGUACUCGAAAGGAGCAUAUCUUGCUUGGAUCAAAUUUAGAAAAUCAAUCGGGCAACCUAUCCAAUCCACCGCCUUCGCCAGUGGGCAAUGAACAAAGUCCAGAUUACAAAGCUCAUGCCAUUAAUCAUGUACCAUCAGAUGCAGACACCGAUGCUAGUCCUGAUAAGCCAUCAACUUCUGCAUCGGCAUUAGCGGCCUUAACAUCUCCAUCAAAAGAGUUAGUGGGUUAUGAUGAUGAUUUCCUCGAUGUCAAUUGCGGUGAAAUGGAUUUCAUUUAAAGAGAAAUUUUUACUUUCCGCUGCAGUACAGGCAAAAUAUGUACAGAUUAGCAUGCAAAUGGAAAUAAAUUCAUCAUCAUAAAAAAAUCAAAAAAACAACGCAAAUAUAUAAUACAAAUGUACUUUUAUACAUACUAAAUAUGGCAUAAGCAUAACCGAACAUACAUACAUACGUACAUAUGUAUCUCGCAUGAUGUUAAAAAUAGUAUUGUUCCAUUAAAAAUGCGGUUACAUUUUAAUACAAAAACCGGUGGCAUGUAAAGUUUUUGAUCACAAUACAUAUAUUGGAAAAGUAACAGUUAUUAAAAGCUAUUCUCUUUCUGAAAGCUUUGAGGACACUAUUCUGUAUGUAAUGUAAAUAUGUAGACUGGCGGGGAAACUUACAAUUGUAGAAUGUUCCGUUGAUCAUUAAUUUUGUAUACAAAGGAUCAAAAGAAAAUUCAACAAAGUAUUAUAAGGCGAUUUAUACACAAGCGAUCUAUACUACAUGCGUAGAUAUGUACAUACAUGCUCCCAAUAUACAUAUAUAUGUAUGGAAAUGUACAUAUGUAUAUUUGAUGAUAAAAAGAAAUUUCUAGAAUCGAAUAUUGAGGGUAUUUCUUGCAAAAAGAAGUCGUUGAAAACGACAUCGGUAAUUUAUUCACAUUAGAUUAACGGUGAAAUAAAUUUCGGAAAAAAUUAACGCAUUUCAGUAAAUAAAAAUAUGUACGAAUAAAUAGA